AUGUCAUCCAAACAGAAACUCAAUCCCCUCAAACGCAAAGCAUCUCGUGAACUCCCACCAAACACCAACCGCAACGACAACACCCAAAUGGUCGCAGCAACAACCCAAGCUGACACAAAGAUUCACAAAGUAUCCUCUCUCUACCAACAGACCUACCUCGAAACCAUCGCCGAAAUCAAGAGUCUAUUGCAACAUUACGCUGCUACCAUUGCUGCUGAUGAGCAUGUCAACGCAACCAACAAUUCUACCGUGGCUGGUAAUGGAGGAACAGGCGCUGCCGCGGCAGACGCUAGAGCUGAACUCAAAGCGAUCCUGGAUGAUCUCGCCCAAAAGCCGGAAUUGGUUGAGUUGGACGAGGUCAAAACAAUCUUGAAGGAUUGCGGGAUUGAAAUUUGUAUUCAUAUGGAAGGAGGGCGGAAGAUUGCUGAUGUGUGGAUGGUGUGAUCAUUCAUAUGGGGGUUCCAGGAGGGGCGUUGGCUAUGGAUGAUACCCUUGAUUUA